AUGCUCCAAUCACAAGUGAUCAAUGUUCUUCCACGUCGCAUCCUCGCAGGACUGUGGGCAUCCCAAGAAACUCGCGUUUCGCAGCAGCAGCAACAACAACACAAUGAGCCAUCAUUGCCAGCUGCCAGUGCGCCUUCCUUUUUAUGCUCCGAACUACCUGUCAGAUACACUCACAUCUUGCGCCUCUUGAGCACACUCUCGCCCGACGCGCUCCAAUCACCCAUUGUUCGCAAUGUCGCGCACAGCUAUCUUCACGACAUUUGUACCUUGCUCCAUCCUUCGCUUCAGGGUACAUCGCCUCGAGCCCUACGAAACAUCUUGACCAAACUCCAACAACGACAGGCUAACAGUCUUAUUCGCUUACGAUACGCCUUAUCGAAUUCGACAAUGCUGGACAACAUCAAUACAAUUGGCUUUGGCAUCCAGCUUUUGCUUGAUCAACAUCUUUCAUGGUCCAAUCAAGACGGCAACGAGGUACAAGCCGUAUGUCCAGUUACGAUUGCCAAACAAGCCAUUGACGAUGCUCGACACGCAUGUGCUUCCGCUCUCGGUAGCCAAAGCGAUAUUCCUGAGAUCCGCCUGCAGCCACGUAUUGAAACCGAACUGACAUACAUUCCCAACAUCCUUCAUCGAGUUCUAUACGAAACAUCACUGAUGGCCUUGCGGGCAAAGAUAUCAGACCAACAGCAACCUAGCAGUAGCAGUUCUAGUGAAAAAAGCUGGCUCCAACGCACAUGGAACCAAUUGCGCAAUAACCCAACGAAUGCCCAGCAAGGCAUUGAGCUACAAGUCUUUGGCGGUCCUACAAGCGUGGGUUUCCGACUUAAUUCAGACGUGCCUCUACUUCCAAGCGACUUAUUACAAGACGUACCGCGUGAUCCCAUUGGCAUCCCCACCUGUGCCCGCAUCUUAGGCCAAACCUCAGACACCAAGCUGGACCAACAUCUCGACUCCAGCGCCGUCUGGGACGCCAUGAGCGGAUGGCGUUCGGCCAAGGUGUUGGCAAGCCAUUUUGGCGGCAACCUGGAUGUCAUGUCCGUCGAUGGGCUAGGCGCUUCGGUGUACUUGGCUCUGGAUCGCGACGCUUCCCUCUUGGAACGCUACCCUUCGCGAACCUUGGCUACUGCACACAAAAUGUUGUUGCGCCACCAUGGUCGUGCUGCUGCUGCUGCAACGCCCGCAUUGACAUUGCAAACGGCACAAAUCCAGCUCGAUACUUUCAUCAAUGCCAUCUCGCACGAUCCACAAACCCCAGAACGUUUCUAUAGCCCUCAUCAUCAUUCCGUGUCGCUCUCGGCUGCUGUGGGUCAUGCAUAA